CCAGAUUCCUCCGCCGGAGGCUGCGCUGCAGCCGCAGGUGGCCGGGCAAGCGCUUUCAACCCGCGCCGCCAAUCGCGACCCCCGCCGCCCUUCCCGUGAUGCCCCGCGGCUGACCUCUGACCUCGUCGCCCUCGUCGCCCACCCCUCCUCUCGGUCCGCUUCUCCCCCCGCCCCCGCCGAAUUUGCAGGGCUCGGGAUCUGCGGGGCGUGCCACCCAAGCGCAACUCCUCCCGUAGGGCCUGGAGGCUCCGGGCGGGUGCCGUCCCUUCGCUUUUCCUCCCUGCGGCGGGGCGCCGUGACGGACCGGUGGCUGCGGCUGCGUCCGGGAGGCGACUCAGAUUCAAGAUGACCAACGAGGAACCUCUUCCCAAAAAGGUUCGGCUGAGUGAAACAGACUUCAAAGUUAUGGCACGAGAUGAGUUAAUUCUAAGAUGGAAACAAUAUGAAGCAUAUGUCCAAGCUUUGGAGGGCAAGUACACAGAUCUUAAUUCUAAUGAUGUCACUGGGUUAAGGGAAUCUGAAGAAAAAUUAAAGCAACAGCAACAAGAGUCUGCUCGCAGGGAAAACAUCCUUGUAAUGCGACUAGCAACCAAGGAGCAAGAGAUGCAAGAGUGUACAACUCAAAUCCAGUACCUCAAGCAAGUCCAGCAGCCUAGCGUUGCCCAACUGAGAUCAACAAUGGUAGACCCAGCGAUCAACUUGUUUUUCCUAAAAAUGAAAGGUGAACUGGAACAGACUAAAGACAAACUGGAACAAGCCCAAAAUGAACUGAGUGCCUGGAAGUUUACGCCUGAUAGCCAAACAGGCAAAAAGUUAAUGGCGAAGUGUCGAAUGCUUAUCCAGGAGAAUCAAGAGCUUGGAAGGCAGCUGUCCCAGGGACGUAUUGCACAACUUGAAGCAGAGUUGGCUUUACAGAAGAAAUAUAGUGAGGAGCUUAAAAGCAGUCAGGAUGAACUGAAUGACUUCAUCAUUCAACUUGACGAAGAAGUAGAGGGUAUGCAGAGCACAAUUCUAGUUCUUCAGCAACAACUGAAAGAGACUCGCCAACAGUUGGCUCAGUACCAACAGCAGCAGUCUCAAGCUCCAGCCCCAGGUACCAGCAGGACUACAUCUUCCGAGCCUGUAGGACAGGCAGAGGCCACAGGUAAAGACUGCAGUCGACUGGCCAACGGACCAAGUAAUGGCAGUUCCUCCCGGCAGAGGACGUCUGGGUCUGGAUUUCACAGGGAGGGGGACACAGCCGAAGAUGACUUUCCUUCUUCUCCAGGGAAUGGUAAUAAGGCCUCCAACAGCUCAGAGGAGAGAACUGGCAGAGGAGGUAGUAGUUACGUAAAUCAACUCAGUGCGGGGUAUGAAAGUGUAGACUCUCCCACGGGCAGUGAAAACUCUCUCACACACCACUCAAAUGACACAGACUCCAAUCAUGACCCUCAAGAGGAGAAAACAGUGAGUGGGAAAGGUAACCGAACUGCGGGUUCCCGCCACGUUCAGAAUGGCUUGGACUCAAGUGUAAAUGUACAGGGUUCAGUUUUGUAAUAUUUUUUCCAGCAAAUUUUUAUACAGUGUCAUUUAAUUUGGGAGAGGAUGCUGUCCAGAAAAUUAACGCAUACUUUUUGUCACAAUUUGCCUUUUUUUGUGGGUGUGGUUUCCCCCCGCCCCCCUUUUUGUUCCCCCUCCCCUUCUUUGCUUCAAUACCUCUGCCACUUUGGAAAUUGUAACAGUUAAUUACCUUGAAUGUUGCUAAAAGGACAUUUUGUGUAGGGUCAAGUUAUUUUUAUAUGAGUUAAUGUGAAGUUGUAAAUGGAAAUCUUUCCUUAAAGUAUAACACAAUGAUGUCUGUAUGAAUCUGUGUCUCUCCUAGAACCUGUGCUGUGUAAGGGCAUUCUUACUCAUGCUGUUAUUAUACUUAUGCACCAUUCAGACUUGUUAGAGUAGUAGAUGUGGGUUUAUGACUGCCAAGUUUGCCCAGUACAGUAGUUUUAUCACUAAAAGUUGGACUUGCUGAUGGAGUCCUAUAGUAGUUUCAGUGUUAGAUACAGUUUUUCCACCAUACAUCUGUGCAUUUUCUCUUUAGGUGACUGAAUGUUUAAGAAAUUUGUGUGCAUAGUUACUCAGUUUUUAUGAACUGUUGUAUCCUGUUAAUGCAUAUUGCUCUGUGACUCCAGUAUAUCUUAUCUGUACUGACCAAACCUAAAUAAAGAUUUUUAUUGUAACCACUUG